CCAACACAAACGAAGAAAAUGCAGCCUCCUUCAGGCAGCCCUGGAGACGUCUCCCAGCGCCACGAUGGCGUUAAUAUGUCUCAACGAAACCCUAGGAGACAGCGUAGCCACUCCCGAGACCGAAAUCGUGUGCGUAGUUCUCCUCAGGGCUCACCUAGACACCAAUAUAAUAGAGUAGACCAAGGUGGAUAUGGCACUCACCGGGACCAUCGCAGUGGCAACAACAACCACUCAUCAUGGAACAAAGGAAGUGGUGGAUAUAGAAAUGAUAAGAACGGUGGUGGAAAGAGUUACAAUCACAAUCAAAAUCAAGUAGGCGGCGGAGGAGGACAUGGACAUGGGCAUG